AUGAGGAGAACCAUUCAGUUCAUUAAAAUGAAGAUCAAAAAUUAUCAUUAUCAUCUCUCAGCUGGUGAAUCCAUCAAUCUGUUCCUCUGUCUGCUGGAAGUGAAAGAUCAGACUCUGUCCAGAGAGAUUCAGGAGUUUGUGAAAUCAGACAAACACUCAGAGAACACUCUACAAUCCUCGAACUGUGUCCUGAGAGCGCUGGAUCUGAAUAACAAUCACCUGCAGGACUCUGGUAUAAAGUUUGUUUCUGAUGGACUGAAGAGUCCAAACUGUCAGCUGCAGAUACUGAGUCUGUCUUGUUGUAAUCUCACUGCUCAGUGUUGUGAGAGUUUUUCAUCAGCUCUACAAUCCUCAAAUGGUGUCCUGAGAGAGCUGGAUCUGAGUAACAAUGACCUCCAGGACUCUGGUGUAAAGUUGAUUUCUGAUGGACUGAAGAGUCCAAACUGUCAGCUGCAGAUACUGAGGUUGUCUGGCUGUAUGGUGACAGAGGAAGGCUGUAGUUAUGUGUUUUCAGCUCUGAGUUCAAACCACUCACAUCUGAAAGAGCUGGAUCUGAGCUACAAUAACGCAGGACAAUCAGGAGUUCAGCUGCUCAACCACAAACUGCAGGAUCCAAACUAUCAACUGCAGAUACUUAAUGUGGAUCAUGGAGGAGAGAUCAUGAUGACAGCGGGACUGCGAAAGU